AAAACGUAACCUAAUAGGUAUUAUUGUAGGGGCUUAGGGGUUAUGUUGUAAUAAGUUAUGUUAUAAAAAUGUUUAUUCUUGCAAUUUCCAGCUAUUUCUUUGAUUAAAAAUAUUAGAAAUAUGUCAUUUAAUAGAGCAUUUAAUCAAGCCUUAAUAAUGAUGCGAUUAAACCGUAAUUACACAUCAUUAGCUUAUUCAUUAUUCAAUAGAGGAAGUAAGUUUAAACAAAAAUUUAUCGAUAUACAGUACUAUUUAAGUAAACGAAGAUAUUUAUGUACAUAUGUGGAAAAAGAAAAUAAUUAUGCUUACCAUAUUGUCGCCACUGAUAAUUUAGGUAGUACAGUGAAUAGAACAGUUACUAAUAUUUCUAAUGAGCAUGAACUUACCACAUUUCUGGAUCGGAAUUGGCGUAAUUCGAAUAGUACAGACAUCGCAAAUGCAUUCAAAGCCGCUUCGCAAUAUUGCAAAGAUCAUCAAAUAAAUUUGUCAGAUACUCGAUUUGAUUCUUUAGUAGAUGGCUUGAUGGAUCAUUGUGAAAAUCUUACUGAUACGGAAUUAUUGGAACUUCUGAGAUGUUUAAGUGAAUAUCCAAGAUGUGACAGUUAUUUAGCUCAUAAUUUUCAUGAUGUGUGGAGUUGUUUAGAUGAUAUGUGCUGCUGGAGAAUACCCAAGAGGAAUGUAGAAACUCUAAUAACAUUUGCUGAUAUGUGGUACAAAUGGCAAAUGGCAAAGUACAGUGACUUUAUAUAUGAAAUAUUGGACAAUUUAGCGAAAAAAACAGACAAACUAACCAAAGAGCAGUUAUUACAUUUAUUUUUUUUGUUUAAUGUAAGUAGAAGGAGACAAGUCCAUUUUGAAUAUGAAUAUGCAAUUGAAAAAUAUAUCAAUGAGAUGACUGUAGACCAAAUGGCCGUAAUUGCAUUGGGUUAUUUUAAGACAAAGAGUAAGAUUAAACUGUUACCUAUUUCGCAAGCUAUGAUUAAGGGAGUUACUAAUUCCUGCAAAGAUAUACAUGAAAUCUCGUUAACUGCUAUAAUGAAGACAUUAAGAUUUUCUCAACCACCUAAAGUAUUAAAUGAUAUCCAAACAAUGUUAGAAAAACUAUAUCCAGAAUUGGAUAGAUUUUCAAACGUAUGUUGUCUUCAUAUAGCACUAAUUUUAACAGCAGUGGUCACUCCAAAUUAUAAUAUCUUAAACAAAGUUUCAGAGAUAUUAUUUAAGGAUAUUAAAACUAUUAGAUUAAAAGAAAUAGAGCGCAUACUAAAUGUUUUAUCAAUGUUUAAUUAUCAUCCCAAAACUGUGCCACGUCUGUAUGAAAAAGCUUUUGAAGAACUCCAUAAAGAUUAUCGCUCAAGUGAAAUUGCUAGGCAUCCAAGGCCUUUUUUAUCUGCAUUACAUUAUCUUAGUUUGCAAGAAAUCUAUUCUUAUUCUUACUUGGAUAAUAUAUUGGAUGCUGAAUAUAUAAACUUAUCAUUUGGAAAAUCUGCAAAGUCAGUACCAAGGGAACUGUUUUCCCUGGACUGUAGUAUUGACAUUGACUGUCCUGAUUAUAAGGGUAAUAGAUUACCUCCACAUUUAAAAUAUAAAGCUGCAAAGUGGCUUACUGAUUUUAUCCCAUCACCUGACCAAUGGACAAAUGUUACAUUGGCUGAUCGACUAUUUAUAGCUGCCAUAGAAGUUGUAAAAAAAAUUGUAAAAAAUGAGGACUUUAUUUUUCUUCAUCAUGUACUUCCUCAUUUUCAAAGUGGAGUUAUAGUUGUUUGCAAGAAUAUAGAAACAGAUCAGUUUGUUAAGCCUAAAGGUUUUGAGAAUUAUAUAUUAGGUGAUAUUAUGGUUCCUUUUAACGAUGGGUCUUUAAAAUGGUACGCAAUUAUGGUUGUGGGCUAUAAUAAUACGAUUAAGGAAACAAGCAUUCCAUUAGGACAUAUGCUCAUGAAGGAAAGACAGUUGAAAAAAAUUGGUUACACGCCAAGAAUGGUUAUAUGGAAUCAAUUUCUGCCAUUAACUGCCAAAGAAAAAGAACGAUAUAUUUCAUCUAUGUUAUUGUAGAAUUACCAGUUGUAGUAUAUUUAUGAGAUUUUUUAUAAUAAAGCUUAAUAAAUAA